ACCUCAGUCAUGGCUGCCGUUCUUCUCAUCGGACCACCGGAGAUCUAUCAACAACCACCCAAAUUCGCCUCCGCCUCCACCGCCACCGCCCCUACCACCACGGGCGAUGCAUUCAUCGACCUUAUGAUCGCGGAUUUUAACAAAACAGCAACAAUUACAUCCCCGUUGAGAGUGGUGACGGAAAACAACUCUCCGACGCUUCUAUCGUCGGGAAACCCCUGUUUGGAUUUCUUCUUCCACGUCGUCCCUGACACGCCGCCGGAGUCCCUCACCAAUCGAUUGAAGCUCGCGUGGGAUCACGAUCCGCUCAAGGCUCUGAAACUCGUCUGCAAUCUCCGCGGAGUGAAAGGCACCGGCAAAUCCGAUAGAGAGAGCUUCUUCACCGCCGCGCUGUGGCUGCACCAGCAACACCCCAAAACACUAGCUGGAAACGCCGCCGCCUUCGCCGAUUUCGGCUAUUUCAAGGAUUUGCUCGAGAUCCUCUUCCGUCUCCUCGAAGGAGCCGAGGCGCGAAAAUCGGCCAAACAGAUUGGAGAGCUCUGGAAUUCUCGGAUGCGUACGGGGAAGGGGAAGAGGAGAAGAGGCGAGCGGUUGUCAAAAUUGAUGGAGGCGUUUCACGGCGGGAUUAAUUCGACGCCUGAAGAGAGGAGGAUUGAGAGAGCGAGGAGAGUGGUGGAGAGAUUCAAUCACGAUGCUGAUUUCCGAUUCCUCCACAAUUGCAUUUCCGAUCUCUUCGCGCAGCGGUUGAGAUUGGAUAUGGAGAUGUUGAAAUCAGGGGAAUUGAACAAAAUCAGCCUCGCCGCGAAAUGGUGCCCCUCUCUCGAUUCGUCGUUCGAUAAAAUCACGCUGCUGUGUGAAACCAUAGCGAAGAAGGUGUUUCCGGUGGCGGAGUUUCCGGAGUAUGAAGGCGUGGAGGAGGCAUAUUACGCGUAUCGGGUGAGGGAUCGGCUGAGGAAGGAGGUGCUCGUGCCGCUGAAGAAGGCAUUGCAGCUGCCGGAGGUUUACAUCGGCGCCAACGAUUGGGGAUCUCUGCCCUACAACAGAGUCGCUUCCGUGGCGAUGAAAAACUACAAGACUCAUUUCUCCAACCACGAUGAAGAAAGGUUUGGCGAGUAUCUCGAAAAGGUGAAGUCCGGCAAAGCCACGAUUGCAGCUGGCGCAUUGCUUCCUCACAAGAUAAUCGAAUCGUUGAAUGAUGAAGAGGACGGCGAAGUGGCGGAGCUGCAGUGGAGGAGAAUGGUGGAUGAUAUGUCGAAAAUUGGGAAAUUGAGCAAUUGCCUUGCAAUCAGUGAUGUUUCAAUGAGUAUGGAAGGGAUUCCGAUGAAGGUAUCGGUGGCGCUAGGGAUUUUGGUAUCGGAAUUGAGCGAGGAGCCAUGGAAGGGGAAGAUCAUCACUUUCAGCGAAACACCAGAGCUUCAUAUAAUGGAAGGGGAGAGCUUGAAAUCGAAGACUGAGUUUAUUGAACGUAUGGAUUGGGGAUUGAACACUGAUUUCCAGAAGGUGUUUGAUGUGAUACUUGAAGUGGCGGUGAAAGGGAAGCUGAAGGCGGAGGAGAUGAUAAAGAGGUUGUUUGUGUUUAGUGAUAUGGAAUUUGAUGAGGCGUCGGCGAAUCCUUGGGAGACGGAUUAUGAGGCGAUAGUGAGGAAGUUUAAGGAGAAGGGAUACGGAGAAUGUGUGCCGGAGAUUGUGUUUUGGAAUCUGAGGGACUCGAGGGCGACACCGGUGCCAGGGAAUCGGGAAGGGGUGGCGCUAGUGAGCGGAUACUCGAAGAAUUUGAUGAAAAUAUUUCUUGAAGAGGGAGGAAUUAUGGAUCCAGUGAAGGUGAUGGAUGCAGCAAUUGCUGGGAAAAAAUAUGAGAAACUGGUUGUCUUGGAUUGAUUUGGUUACAUAUUUGCAUGUAGUAAUAUUGAUUUGUGUUACAGUAGAAAAAAUAUCAUUGUCGCAGCA